UCCCUCCUCUCAAUACACUGUCCUGACAGGGCACAGAGCAGGGUGUGUUUGAUUUUUGUCUCAGAACAGGAUGUGUUGUGUUGUGAAGCGAGCGGUGCUGCUGCUGCUGCUGGCGGCGGUGAUCGGCUCUGACCCGGUGCCGGUUCCUGAAGACUGUGAAGGUCUGAAUAAACCACUGCCAAGAAAUGACCUGCACAAGAUUUUCGGGGACUGGGUUCUGGUCUGGUCUGUCACUGACAAUGCACAUGGCUGGCAAAUGGAGCCAAAAAUUAACAGCUCUCACGUCGAGCUCCAGCUCCUCCCCGACAACAAAACCAUCAGCUUCAUCGAGAGGAACCUGCACAUUAAUAAGUCGUGUUCCAUCUACUCCCUCAACAUGUCUUUCCCCUCGGACUCUUCUGACUCUAACCAACACACACUGCACACCGACGCCGCCACGGAGGACAUGGAUGGUGUUGUCAAACCCUACAACGACUCAGGUGUACUGGAUUUGUACCAAAGCUGCCCUGACUGUCUGAUUGUGGUCUAUAGGAGCCCAGUACAUGGCCAGUUCCUACUGAGCUACAAGAGGGAGGGGCAUCAUUUGGACACUGAGCAGUUGAAAGCCGACCACAGUCAUCACAGGAAACGGGCCGAGUGUCUGGAACUCCCUCACGACAAACUGUUUGUCUACGACGGAGUUUCAGAUUUUUGUCAUAAGAAAUCUUCUCCAGAAGUGAAGCAGGAGUCCUGAGUGAAGACGACGGAAUAAAGCAACGUGUCCGAAAAGUUAAUCAUUAAUAAAAUAAAACGAGGUACUAAACCCUGAAA